CGCGGGAAAUUGGAAAACAAAUCUAUCGAUAUAAUUCUUUUAUUUCAAAGUCUUAUGGAACGUUAUAUGCAAUAUGGAAUCAAAAUCGAGUUCUCAGCAAUUUGACUUCUCAGAUUCAGAAGACUCUCCUGUUAGACCCUACAGGCCCAUCACCAAGGUUUUAAAGGAUGUCCUUGUAGACAAUCAAACACACAUUUCUAGUAGCAUUUCCCAAAGUGAAACAGCUGUUGAAGUGUGGUCAAGUACGCAUCCAAAAGAGUCUAGCAACGUAGACACUGUAAAAUAUGAGAAACCAUGUGAGGACAAUAACAAUCUACAGGAGCGGCCAUCGCCUGCAGGUGAUGCAGAUAAUGCCCGAUUUACAAAGCUUAGACGUUCAUUGUCAGUUUCUUCACAAAGAAAAGUUGUUUAUAUGUGCAGUCACCAAUACAUAAAUCUUUGUGAUGAAAUGCUAAAAGUUCCUGGAAGGGCCAGCAUGGUAGCAGGGUUGAUAGAGGCCUACCGGUUGACUAACCUGCUAAGUGUGGUAGAGCCAAGGGCAGCAACCUUCGAGGACCUUUGUUCAUUUCAUGACACGGAGUAUCUGGACUUCCUUCAGCGACUCAGUAACCAGGAUGACCAAGAGAAAUAUGAUGACGUAGCUCAACAAUACGGGCUGAGUUAUGACUGCCCUGCCCACCCAGGAGUGUAUGACUACGCAGCUAUGGUUUCCGGGGCAACCAUGCAGGCAGCGCAGAGCUUGAUGAACGACACUGCUGAUGUUGUUAUCAACUGGUUUGGUGGCUGGCAUCACGGCAAAAAGGACGCAGCUUCAGGGUUCUGUUACACCAACGAUAUUGUCCUAGGAAUUCUCAAAUUACGGGAAAAAUUCAGCAAGAUUCUCUACGUGGACCUCGAUUUACACCAUGGUGAUGGAGUGGAGGAUGCUUUUUGUUCCACUAACAAAGUGAUGACUGUGUCGGUACACAAACAUGAUGUUGGCUUCUUCCCAGGAACUGGCAGUAUAAAUGAUGUCGGUUUUGGAAAAGGACGCUACCAUACCGUCAAUAUUCCGCUACGAGAUGGUAUCAGGGACACUGAAUUCUCUGCUCUAGUGUGCAGGAUUCUGGUGAAAGUGAAGGAACAGUAUCAGCCAGACGUGGUGGUGUGUCAGUGUGGGGCGGAUGGGCUGGCAGGCGACCCCAUGGAGUCCUUUAACCUCACACCUUUUGCCCUUGGCAAAUGUCUGUACACACUGUUGUCAUGGAAACUACCUCUGCUGUUGCUUGGGGGAGGGGGUUACCACCAUGCAAACACUGCGAGAUGUUGGUCCUACCUGACUGCUGUGGCCCUUGGGCGGAGACUUGGGACUGACAUACCUGACCACAAGUUUCUCAUGGAGUAUGGACCUGACUACUCAUUGGAGGUUACCCCUGGCAACAAGCGAGAUCUCAACACCCAGGAUAGCUUACAGCAAAUAUACUCCCAGCUCCUCUACAAUAUAACGCAGAUAAAACAGACAUCUUGAUGAAGACAGUUUGAAAGGAUAUAAUAACCAUGGACAAAACCGUACCUUAAUUAUAAAUAAGGCUUAAUAUCCUUCAAUGCAUGUGUUAUAUAUAUCUGUGGUGUUGUAUGUGUCACGACUGUAAUGUUUUGAACAUUCUGUGUGCUUGUAAAGUGUCGGUUGGGCUUUGACCUUGUGCCUUCAAACAGGGUCUUUGUAGAUUGUUUGCCUGUAGGUUUGUCCUUUGUUAUCUUCAUAUUUUAUUACUAACAUUAUUACAUUUUAAAGUUGAAUAAUGGUUGCCUUAUGUUGUAAAUGAAAAUAUAUAUUAUUCUCAGUUCAAAGUUAAUACUGCCUUAUAGGGUUUAAAUGAUCCAAACUUUAACAAUGCAUCCUAAUAUAGUGAAUCAUGUCUCAAUUAAAGGGUACGGAUGUGGUUUAAUAUUUUUUCACAAUCCUUAACUUAUUUUCAAUGCAUUGCUUUCAAACUUUCCACUUCAAGGUUACUACAAUAAGAAUAUUUUUUCAGGGCUAUUACAAUCAUGUCACUAUUGAGGAUAAUGAUAAUUCUCUUCACUGUUGAACACAACACAGAGGCAUCUGUGUCUUCAACAUUGUCCACUGGCUUUUCAACUGUUUUCGUUUAAGUUGCGUCAAUGAAAAUAUAUCAUUAUAUAUAUAUAUAUAUAUAACAGUUACUGGUAGUCGUUCUCGAUUCUAGCAAUUUGGAUUUGAUUCAAAUAGAAUUAUGUGCAAAGUUGACAAUAUUUUCAGUUGUGUUCGGUUUAAGUUUUUAAUGAAAUAAAAA